UAAUAGCAUUUCUCUCUCUCUCUCUUGUUUCUCUCUCUAAGAUUGUAUUAAAGUGUCAACUAACUCUACACAAUGAAUCUCUCUCACUCCCUACACUCACACAUCUAUUUACUAAUUUCUACCAACCAAAUCUUCUUUUUCUCCCUACCCCAUGUGCUCGGAGCCGCCGCAUACGCCCCACCGGACCUCUAUUCCUACCCUCCCUCUGUCUUGGCUUCCGCCGGAGCCGCCGUGGAUGCCAACGCCGCCGCGUUUAACUUUGGCCUCUGUUCCCUUUUUGUGGGAGGAGGCACCGGGGAAGCCGAGGUCAUCCGCCGCAUCCAAAGUUCUCUGGCCAGUCCCAGCUCUCGGGGAGCUGCCUCCGCCGCCGCAGCUUUUUAACGAAGCCAAACAGAGCACUCUACCAUCGCCCACGACGUUGCUUGACGGCCCGGAAAGGGCUGGCGACAGAUCAAAAAGAUGGGGUUCUUUUAGGAUGUUUAAGGAUUUCGUUGGCGGCAAUGGCAACGGCAACGACUCUUUGGCUGCCGGUGCUGACUGCGGCGGCGGAAGCGGGUGGUUUAGAAGGAAACGAACUUCAUCAUCGUCGGUUUCCUCUUAUACAAGAUCACACUUCUUGGGAUGAUUAUUUGUUUCCUAACUACUUAUAUACUCGAUGAUGACGUCGGACGGCGGCACGACUCGGACAACAGUGGACAUGUGAUGGAGUGUCGAAUGGUAGCAAAUGGACAUGGAUGGUGGACGAUAGAACGGCGACAAAUAUGAAGAUGGAGAGAUUCUCGCGCAAGCAAUCAAGGAGUCUCUUUUGUUUUUGUUAACUCUAUAUAUACAUAUAUAUAAAUCGUCAAGUAUGAUAUAUACUGUGAUAUAUGAUAUAUACUCCGAUUUAUGUUGAAAAUUUUAUGAUGUAUACUAUAGUUUAUGUUGAAAAUUGAGUCCAUCUAGGUUUAUAUAUUAUAGUAGAUAUUUUUGUUUGUAUCAGACUACUUUGAAUUUAUGAUAUAUAUUGUCAUAUAAAUGGAAUUUAUGAUAUAUACUGUGAUUUAUAUUGAA